AUGGCUUCCUCCAAAAUACUUCGCCUACUUGUGACAGCUUACAUUCUUUUUUUAUUGAUUAUUGCCUGGAUCGUGUCAUGGAUUUUGCAGGUGCUAUUCAUGGUCGUUACGUAUCCGUUCAUAAGCCGCUGCAAGCAGCAGGAUUGCUGCGGUUUUAUCUUUAGAUGUGCCAGCUUUUUGUGCAUCGACUUUCUGAAUCCGCUUUGGAGGAGCCACAUACUGAAGCCCUUUCCCAGGGUGAAGGGGAAGAAGGUUCUGAUUAUGAUUAAUCACCUGAGCGCUGCAGAUCCGUUUCUGAUGAUUCGCGUGCUUUUUCCUCUUGACGCCACGUGGAUUGCGAAGAACGGGCUGUUUCGCGUUCCGUUUGGCGGCUGGUGCAUGGCCAACGCCGACGAUUUGCGGGUUCACUUCGUGAACAAACGGGCCGGGUUUGAGACGGUCAAAGGGACUGUGGGAGUCAUGAUGGAGGAAGCUCGUCUCAAGUUGCGCCGUGGACGUCCUAUUGCCUUGUUUCCAGAGGGCAUGCGCAACUUGGAGCCUGAGGGCGGGCUGCAACCGUUUCGUCUUGGCUUCUUCAAGCUGGCUGUGGAGGAGGGGGCAAUGAUUGUUCCUGUCGCCAUCAGUGGGACGCAGGACUGCUGGCCCCUUUUCUCGCCUCUGAUGGACCAGGCCACAGCAUACUUCUCAUGUGGUGACGCCGUCGAUGCGUCGAAGUUCAAGACGGCGGAGGAGUUGCGGGAUCACGUGUGGCAAGCCAUUACGGACCUUCGCGACAGCCAUCCCGACAGGCGUGGAAAGGUAAAACAACAGUAG